AUGUCUCGGCCAUUUCCUUACACUUAUAUUUCAUGUCCCUGUGCCGAUACACCGGUCCCUGACCCGGCCAGGAAGCGAAGGUCUAGGGAGUCACCACAAAAGUCGACACCCGAGCAGGAAACCAAAGCCGAUAAGGCCCAAAGCGACUCAAACCCUCGGGCUGAACAAGAUGAAAAUGAACAGGAUGAGCAAACAUUUGAUCCCAGAUCACCGCGGUCCAAUUUCUCUCUGUAUCCACCUGAGCAACUACUCUACUGUGAGGACUGCCACCAGAUCAAAUGCCCCCGAUGCAUCACUGAGGAAAUUGUGAGCUGGUUUUGUCCCAAUUGCCUCUUCGAGACACCUAGCAGUGUGGUACGAAGUGAUGGGAACCGCUGCGGUCGAAAUUGCUUCAAUUGUCCUAUUUGCACAGCUCCGCUGGCCGUUAGUACUAUUGAGAAUGUUACAGGAAACGGUAAUCAACAAGGACCUUGGGUCUUGUCAUGUGGUUACUGUUUAUGGACAACACUCGAUAUUGGCAUCAAGUUUGACAAGCCAACCAAUAUCCGCAGCCAGCUGCAGAAGAUGACUGAUUCGACGACCGUACCUACUUUUGAUGCGCGAUCACGUCAGGGCUCCCGCGCAUUUGGCGAUUUGAAGUCUCCAUUGUCCAAUUUGGCGUCUAUUGAUGAGCCGCCCAUUAUUAAGGACGAUGAUGCCAGUCAAUCUGUCUCCAAGGAAGAAGACUCGACAUCCUCGCCUCAUCUUGGUGCCGAAGCUCGAUUUGCGGCCUUGAAAUCAUUUUAUCGUACCCAACUGUCGGAGACUUCAACAUCGCCCAGUGAUCCGCUAGGGUCCGAUUUUGGAUUCUCUUCCCCUGGGGCUCUGAACCGACUCAUGUCCCUCUACGCCUCUUCCUCACGUCUGAGCGGACUGUACGGUGGUAAUAAAAAGUCCAAGUCAAAGCCACCUGUCAUGCGUGAAGCUCUUACCGCCAGUGAAGGGUUGCGCAUUGCUCCCGAGGGCAAAGACAGCGCCAUCAUCGAGCGACUCGCCUCAUCAGACUGCGGCUGGGACGGCGUUGCAUCCAUCGCCCAACGCUCUGAGCAGUUACCGGAUGUUCGGUUUGUCGAUGAGGUGCUACCGUUACCUGUUCUUCUGCGUACUAAGCGCGCAAAGCGAUGCAAAUCCUGCAAGCACAUUCUCGUGAAGCCUGAGACCAAACCCCAGUCGACUCGCUUCCGCAUCCGCCUGAUUGCUCUCAGUUACAUCCCCCUUCCAACCUUGCGCCCUCUCGCUUCCUCAUCGUCCAUGGUGUCAAACCCAACACCUUCCCCGGACCUAGAUGCAUUGACACCUCUCCGACCAAUUCACGUCCUGCUCACCUUGAAAAAUCACAUGUUUGACCCCGUCCGCAUCACGCUUGCGACGCCUUCUGUGACGCCAGGAAGAGUGGCGAGCAAGGUUACUGUUCUCAGCCCGCAAUUUGAGAUCGGGGCUAACAGCGAUGUUUGGGACGAGGCCUUGCAGGGCGCCACUGCUCCUAUUGGGGAUUUGCGGGCUCCUGGUUUGCGUGGCGAGAAGGUCCCUGAGGCGGGUAAGGUCUGGGACAAAGGCCGCAACUGGACAACAGUCGUCUUAGAAGUAGUCCCGGGAACGCUACCUGGCUCUGAGGCUGAAAGUGGUCCGGCGACAGGCGAUGGGGAUGGGGAUGAUGUCGCUGUAGCAGUGCAAAAAGAUGAAGACGUAUUGGAGAUUCCGGUGUUUGUGCAUAUGGAAUGGGAUGCUGAGGCCCAACUCGAGCAGCAAAAUGUGGGGAAGGCAUCUAAGCCUGACGAGCUGGUUGCUCGAGAACUUGCAUAUUGGAUGGUCCUGGGAGUUGGAAGAAUCCAGCAGACGCUCUAG